GCGACAAACACCUCCGUAGAUGCGCACAGGAAGUCGCUCAGGCUUUGUUAUUGAAGUCAGUCACUACUUAAAACAUCUGUAAUGACUGCUUCACAAGUCCUAAAUGUCUAAUGAUCCAGUUUCGUGUUACUUUCAAAAAACACCAAUAAAGAAGAGUAGACGUCAUUGCCAUUUGGUGCGAACAGGUAGGAACUAUCUGGAAAAUGUUGCUUUUAUCUGCUAAGGAUGAAAUGGGUACCAUCUGAAAACAAAUACAUCAGAGGACUCUCUUUUUAUUUUAUGAUAAAAGAACAAUGUUUUCCAUAAACAGUAGUGAAUAUUCCAAAUAAAUCGGGUAGCUUGCUUUUAUGAUGGCAAAAUACCAAACAUGUACAGUAUAUAUGUAACAUAAAUUUAGUUUUUAUUAAACCACCAUUAUCUGGGGUAAAAGUAGCUUUUCCUUGCAUAGUCCGAGUAGUUUAGGUUUAUAGGUGGAAAUCAGAACGUGAUUUAUUCUUGUUAUCCCUGAACAAUAAUAAUUACAAUCCCAGUUCCUAGUCAUAACUUGGAAUUUUAUGUCAGUCCUUCGUGAAGUUGUUUAUAUAAACAAUAUUUUUGCACUGUGGGCAUUUGGUGUACAGAAAACCAUAUCAACGCGUAAUAAAGCAGCCGUUUUAUAGCCGCUGUUAAACGCUUGGGUAGUAAACCACGCCCCUUUCACGGGUUUGCCACACCCCCAAGCCAACCCCCAGCCUAUCAGCUUCGCCUAGCCCCUCCCAUUCCACAGGGCUUAAUUCUAAAGAGACGUUUUGUUAUGCAAAAUAGUUCGUCUAAAAUAUCCCCCGGGCAACGCAGUUCUGAGCAGAGAAUCACCGGGACCGCGCUACGGACACACACAACAGCGGGCAAGCGGACAGAGUUUCUGAGUCACUUUUACCCGUCCAUACGUCAGGAGUCAGCCUUGCCAAAAAAACAAAACAAAAAAAGCCACAGGGGGACGCGUGAGCCGCAUUUCCUGAGGUAAAUCACCGAAUCUAACGGCCCCUGGAUGCGCUUAACCGGAGACGCCGCCGUUCACACAGUCAAUUACUUCAUAACCUGCUGCUGCUGCUACUGAGGGACCCAUUUGAACUUCUCUUGUUAGGUCUUUGGAUGUACUAGCCAUUGACUGCAUUUACACACCAAGUGUGUCGUUUAUUUGUCCUUUUUGGAUAUACGCUCGCCUCAUUUCUAGUCUCGAGCGCCUCUGGUUUUAGACCAGUACAGCUUCAAGCAUCAUGAGCCAGGCGGAUAUAUCGACGUGCUCGGCGCCUCAGAGAGUCUUCCAGGAGGCGGUGAAGAAAGGCAACACGAAAGAGCUCCAUUCACUGCUGCAGAACAUGACCAACUGCGAGUUUAACGUCAAUUCCUUCGGGCCCGAGGGACAGACGGCGCUGCAUCAGUCGGUCAUCGACGGCAAUCUGGAGCUGGUCAAACUGCUGGUGAAAUUCGGAGCCGAUAUUCGGCUGGCGAACCGGGAGGGCUGGAGCGCGUUACACAUCGCCGCUUUCGGAGGACAUCAAGACAUCGUCUUAUACCUCAUCACCAAGGCCAAGUACUCGUCCGGUGCGCGGUGAUCCGGGUCAAAGCACACGUCGGAAAGAUCGAAGUUCCCUUGUACCUGAAACCAAACGAGGUCCUUGUCGGGCUACUUCUUUCCACGGUCAAAUCCGGCACAGAUCCACGAUGAGAAACUGAAACGCACAUUGUUUUUCACGUGCGUUGGUACUAUAGCUUUUGAUUGAAUGUUGAAGUCAUCAGAUCUGGACUGUGUGGCUUUACCAGGGGCUUGACCUAUUGACCUGUCCACCGAUGCAACCGCUGGAGAAAUCAAGAUGGCACUUGAUGCUGUGGCUGAAUGCUGGAAUAUUUGAAAGGGAAAGAGGUGAACUCCAGGCCAUCAUCCUCUAUUUUGGCUAAACACUGUCUUUUUUUAAUACGAACCUUACUUAAGUCGUUUCAUCAAUCAAAUCACGUGGCAUGAGGCAGCGUUGAUGAGCAAUGCUAAAAUAUGUCCUCGACAUAACAACGGACUUGUUCUUAAGUACUGUACACAUAGCUUUACCGUGUUUCAAUGUAAAAGUAGUGCAUUGCGCUCUGCCUUCACCUAGCAGAUUGCUUCUUAGCUUUCAGGCCAGUGCGACCCAUGUCUAUUGUUAACGUGUUACUAAAAACCGCUGCUUUCGCUUUUUCUUUUCUUUUUUUUUUUUUUUUUUUUUGUUUGUUGUUGUAUCAAAACAUCAGGAAAGUCACAUUUGGGACACACUUUAUAAUCUUCUUUCAGUAAUUUAAUUAACACCCUGGUCAUCACUGUGAAUACAGGCUGGGUUUGUUUUUGUUUCUUUAUUUAUGAAGGUACAUUGAGAUGAUGCAUUUUAAAUUAUGUUGUGCUUAUUUUUAAGUGUAAGAGUAUGUAGGGUGACCUAAAGCUGCUUCGGACUCAUUACAGGCUAAACUGUCCCGUGUGGAGAUUACACGGCCCCCCACGUGUAAAACGUUUUUUUGUUGUUGUUGUUGUUUUCCCGGGAAAAAAACGUCACCUUCUACUUUUAUUCUGGUUCUCUGCAUCAGCUACCUCGACUUGAAAGUAUUCGACAAUAUCAGAUAUAUGCUCUCUUUUUCCAUGCCUUCUCAUUAACUAGUUACCCUCUAGCACUCAUUUUAAGUGGGCGAAAAUAAUCGAUUAGGCCUCAUUUUUGGCCAUUAUCUGUUUUUUUUUUUUGUUUUUUUUCAAAUCUUCACUCGGGACAAUUUAUCUCAACAACCAAAAUUAAGAUCGUUUGGUUAUUCGAAAAAUAGUGAUUUUUUGUUCUUUGCCAGGCAUGGUUGAGACAUUUUAACGUUUUCUUUCAGCCAAUCGCUUAAUAUAUAUUGCAUUUCCAUUUUUGUUUCUAUUAUUCGUUAUAAAAAGCGAAAUGCAUCGCAUGACUAUUAAAUGCAGGGAGUUUUGUUGCACAUAAAAAGUGGAGCCUUUAGCGACCCCUAGUGCCUGGUCGGGUAACUGCAGGAGCCGAGGCUUAUGAAAAGUUACUACUGAGCAGGACUAUAUGAACUAUACUAUUGAGAAGAAGACUAUGACUUCUGGUGCAGGAAACAUCGACAGAUUCGUUCAAAAACUGCCUGCUACCUUUAAGAGUCAUGGCACCUGAUGUUUGUUUCAAUGCUGCUUUUAUGUACGUUUUUUUUGUUUUUUUUUUUGUUACAAUGGCCAACGGUGAGUGAAUGAGGACAAAUAUCAUUAAGUCCAUUCGUGAGAAGCCUAAUGCAGUUGAGCGGGUGUAUAGCAUGUGUGUGAUUGUGCUUAUGUGUCCAGCCCCCCUCACUCACUCCUGGUUAAACUGUUUCCAACCAUUUAACCAGGGACUAUCAACUCCUCCUACACCUGGAGAUGCAACAGAUGUGAUUCUCAUGAUCAUCUUACUUGAUGGUAUAGGCAGAACAAAUAUGCAUCGCUUGUCUUAAACUUGAUAUUUUUACUCUUGUGGAAAAUAUUGCACUGAUGACUGUUGUUAAUUCGUUGACUUCAGGUCGACAUUUUAUUUUUCUAAAUAGAAAAAAAGGAACACAACAAAAUACUAUUGUAUAAAAAAGCUCCAGGUUAUAUUGUCUCUUUUUGUGUAUGUUACAUUGUAUAACAUUACGUUUGCAAAGAUGUUUGUAUCUCUGUGAUCGGGUGUAUGUGUAUACAUAUAUAGGCUAUAAAUGUAUAUAUAUAUAUAUAUAUAUAUAUAUAUAUAGACGCUGAUAUCUCGGAGCACUUUCUUAUUUGAAGCGCUCUCCUCCUGAUGUUAAUAAAGGGGAAUAAUACUUGUGAUGGUAAGAUCAUUGUAACAAAAAUAAAUUGCACGAUGUAUAGUUGUUUUACCCCACCAUUUGUCAUAACAUUUAUGACAUGGGGGUUAAAUGACUGGAUAGGUGUAUAUGAAUGAGCAAAAGUGCUGAUUUAUUUUUUUGUUUUGUUUGUGGACAAAGUGAUUUUUCAUCUUGUGUCUCCAGCGAACAAAAAGGUUUAAUGAGUGAUGCGAAUGUUCUUUAGCUUUUCUUUUUUUUGUGUGUAUGUCAGUUUUUUGUGUGUAUUUUAUUUUUUGAGCAUUUGUAACACUGUGAUUCAUGCGUGAUGAGAAAAUGAGUGCUGUAAUAUUUUUUUGUUGUAUGUGUGUGUGCGUUUAAGCCAGUAAAGAAAUCAUUAAACCUUC